AUGUAUUUGAAUGCCAUAAUGAGUUUGUUCUCCAUCUCCAGUACUGUUAGUGUAUUGACUGGAUUCCAGACACCGCCGCCUAAGUUGACCCUUUUAUCCCCGGCCAUGAAUGGAGACACCAUUGAUAUUAUGGCAAAUACUAGUCUUCAUCUGAAGUGUACGGGCGAUAAGCCCAUGUUCUGGCAGUUUCCCAAUAAUAAUCCGGUAAAUGACAAUCCGGAAUAUCUGAUUGUUCCCUAUGAGGGAAACUAUGACUUCAUGUUCAUCGCAGUAUUCCAGUCCCAACCGGCUACCAUUCCCUGCAAACCUACCGAUUCCCGAGCUAAGCUCUCGCUGUGGAAAGUGCACACCAACUCAGAGAUUGUUGUCAAUAAUACUCUGGGAAUCACUUAUAACUCGAAGAAAGGCUAUCACUUUGAAUAUCCGCGUUGGGACGGGGAGACCAGUCUUCUGGAGUGUAAAGUGGAGUUAGACAACACAGAAAUGAUAUCAUCCAUAAGCAUUCAUUGGUCGAUAUUUCCGGUGGAAUUGCAUCCUCUUAUCGAUGACAGUAGAGCUAAAAAUGUGUUCAUAAACAGCAUUUUCACAUUAAAAUGUUUUGUUCACAUUGAACUCGGAGUUAUAAUUGAGAUUACGUGGGACGUCCCCAAUAAAAAUACUUUAGAAAGAUCCGUGGAAUCGAUGGCUGAAACUCAGAGAAAAGAAUUUAAUGGUAAUAGAUAUGAUACGGUGUCUCGGAAUCUGACCAUAACUGGUGCACAGAUGGAAGACGAAGGUAUAUAUCACUGCAAUGUGACGGAUGGCAACGGAAGAGUGUUCAGUGCUUCCAAGAAAGUCACGGUUUACGAGAAUGGUCUGCCCCCGUCAUAUCCACUCAUCAGUAGAGUGGGAGAAAUGAUCAGAUUUCUAGUGGACGUCCAGUCAUUCCCAGACUUUGAAUCCGUACAACUAUUUUGGUUUAAAAAUGAUAUUCAAAUCGAGAAGAAUCACAAACAUCUCCUGACAGGUGUUAAAACUGACUGUCAGUUUCCACAAACAUAUUUAGAGAUUAAGAGCAUUGAACUCGAGGACAGUGGCACUUAUAUGCUG